AUAAAAGUGAGGCAUUAUUGUUUGUUUUUAGUUUUUUCCCAUCGCGAUAAAGUAUCGUACUUGAAGAUGAGGUGAUGACAUUGUCGGUUUGGAUGUGUUUCGAUCAUGUCUGGCGACAGUAAUAAGAGCCGACUCCCCCCGAAAAUGUACGUGGUUGAUUCCGACCAUAACGUGCAGGACCACCUGGAAGGAACCAUUCACCUGCAGAGGGGGCAACUGUGCCAAGAGCAGGAGGGAGGAGGCGAGAGGGGUGGACGAGGAGAUUACCUGUGGGUGAAAGUGAUUGAUAAUGGAUCUGUGGUGAAGAUCUCCAAACAGGUGCUCCGUGAUGUCCCCUCCGAUCUCGCUGGUCUCCUUGAACCGGUACAGGACCUUGAUGCCCGUCUCGGUCUCCUGUCCAGACCGCACCACCUGCAGCAGUUGGCUUCUUUACCGCUGGGCUCGGAGGUGUGGGUGUUCUGGAACCAAUCCGUAGAGAUGCCGGAGGCGGAGCUUCGUUACCGCGGUCCCUUGACGAGUGGAAGUUCUGCCGUUUAUUUUGGCGUUCAGCUAAAGGGAUGGGCAGCAGGCAGGGGCAAAUCUAAUGGCAACUAUAAAGGGCAUCAGCUGUUUACAUGUCCAGAAUCCUGUGGCCUCGUCCUCGCGGCCCAUGAGCUUUCCCUCUAUCCCUUAUCACGAGGCGGCAAUGCCAGUGCCCACGAUCACACCCAACCGUACCCGUCUUCAUCCAGUAACAUCAACCCGCCUCCAGUGAACAUCCUGUCCCGUGGUGCCGAUUCGAGCCUGACUGUCGGACAGCGAGUGUGGUUCACGCAGGAGGAGUCGGUCCAUCGUGGGACAGUCCAGUUCUGUGGGCCCCUUCCGGGUCGGCCCUCCUCCUCCAGCGUGUAUGUGGGAGUUUUACUGGACCAUGCGGCGGGAUCGUGGGAUGGAUACUAUAAAGAUACAAAUCUGUGUUUCAUCCCGUCUCCUGAAUUUGGUGCUUUACUUCCCCUGUUCAGAGUCAAUGCAGAAACUAGAUCGGAACGAUCCCCUCCACCAGUAAACUAUCCCAAACUGCCCCUCUCCAAUAAAACUGCCCCUCUUCCACCAUCCACCCACAACAAAGACCUCUCACAGUCCGUGAGCUCCACAAGCAGACCGCUCAUCCAUCCGGGUAUGCUCGUCACGGCUAAAAAAGCCCUCCAGCCAUCCACUAACCCCGCCCCUGAAGUCGCUUUGAAACCUCCUCCUUUGACCACACCCAAGCCCGCCCUGAAACCCCCCACUGUCCCACCCAAUAAGCCGCAGGCCCCACCCAUGUCCCCCUCCACUGGCGAUUCACGCUUCUCCAAUGGAUUUCAGAACUUACCCUCUCCACCGAUCUCUGAUCAGAGGGCGGAGCCUAACACGUGGUUGGAGGUGGGAUCUAUGGUGGAGGUGAAUGACCCGCCCCUUUUUGGAGUGAUUUGCUGGAUUGGACAAAUCAGCGGGAUUCCAGAACCAGUCGCCGGAAUUGAGCUGGACCAGGAGUUGUCAGCCGCCACGGAUGGCAGUUACUUCGGUAAGCGUCACUUCCGUUGCCCUGCCAACAAAGGGCUGUUCGUCAAACUGCAGAACUGCAGACGCGACUCCAGAUUUCCUGCGCCGGAGAUGACCCUUAAUCAAGUGGACCGGUGCAACUCCAUAGCGUUUCUGAACUGGAGCAGUGAGCGUGUUGAUGAGAACACUCCUCCUGUGUUGGGUCAGGACGCCCUUCUGCUGUACGAGGGCUUUAAGAAAGGCAUUCAGGGGCACCUGAACUCCUGCUAUCUGGACGCGUCUCUCUUCAGCAUGUUCUCGUGCUGCAGCUCUUUUGAUUGGCUGUUGUUCUGGCCCACUGGACCUCACCACAACCCGCGCAGUCGAAGUGCUCAGGAUCUCCUGCGCUGUGAGAUUGUCAACCCAUUACGCAGGUUUGGGUAUGUGUGCGCCAGUAAAACGAUGUCCUUACGCAAACUUCUCAAAGCUGAAACUGCAGAUGCCGGAUUUACCAACGAAGAGAAAGAUCCUGAGGAAUUCCUCAACCAGCUUUUCCUGCUUCUCCAGGUGGAACCUCUUCUGAAGAUCAGGUCGUCGAGUCCGGAGCCGCAGGAGUGUUUCAUCUAUCAGCUUUUCCCUCCGUCCAUCUCAUCGUCUCCUCCCGUCUCUCCGAUCGCUCUCUCGUCUCCAGCCGCGUGUCUCGUCCGAGUGUCCAGCGUUCAAGCGCUACUGGAAUCUUCCUUCAUGCACUCUGGACUCAAACUCACAGAGGCGCCGUCCUGUCUGCCGCUCCUGAUGCCUCGAUUCGGCAAAGACUUCAAGAUGUUUGAUGCCAUCGUGCCCUCACUGACCCUCGACAUCACGGACCUACUGGACAGCGCUGUGCGUCAGUGCAGUAUCUGUCAGACUCUGGCGCAGUGGGAGUGUGUUCAGUGUUACGAGGAUGAUGACAUCACACCGGGACAGUUCAAUCAGUACUGUAACAUCUGUAACGAACAGGUUCACACACACAAGAAACGACAGGCACACAAACCCACACUCAUCAAAGUGGCGCUGGGCUGUUGGGAGGGGCCGGUUCCAGGGUCCCGUCAGCUCAUGGAUCUGUUCGCUGUGACGUGCAUCGAGACGAGUCACUACGUGAGCUUCGUGAAACACGGACCGCAGCACACAGACUGGCUGUUCUUCGACAGUAUGGCCGACAGAGAGGGAGGAGAGAAUGGCUUUAAUGUCCCGCAGGUGAGGGCAUGUCCUGAGGUGGGCCGUUACUUGAGAAUGACCAUAGACGAGAUCUCUCGACUCGACGCCGCGUCGCUCAGAGACCCCGUGCGACGAUUACUGUGUGACGCAUAUAUGUGCCUUUAUCACUCUCCUGAACUGAGCCUGUACAAAUAACUUAACAUUGUCUUCAUUCAUAUCAAAGUCUUUUGCUCCACUAAAUCUCACCAUGUAAGAAAAUAGUAUUUGAUUGUAAAUAUUUUUGAUUAAAAAAC